AACUUGAUAUUCUAUUCUGACUAUUCACAAUAACAAUACUGAAAUAGAAGCAGCUGAAUUCGUCGAUAUCUUGUCAUAUAAUAUCUGACUUACUGUUGAAUAUUUCACUAUUAACGUACUUACACAGUUAUACUCAGUUUAUAGAGGCCACAGCCCACCAGCCAAAAUUAAGCUCGUAAAGAAAUAAGUAUUUGCAAUUAGAGAAACUCUGAAAUUUUUUGAUCGAAUGAUGACAUAUGUGGACGUGAUAAAUUGCUUACUUUCCCGUUAUUACUAUUUACAACUAUAAACUUGUAGAAAUUACAACUCUCAAAGAACUCUUUUACAUUUUAAAUACUGAAUAUACUGUAAAUACUCACAUAUUUAUGACCUUGUAUAAGUUGUAUGAAUCGAUUCAAAGAAAAUCCGUUGCGUAUUUUCUCAGAAACCUGUGUUUCUUUGGAAAGAAAAGAAAUAUUGAAACGUCGCAUCCCAGAAUGGCUGAUGGACCUGUUAAUGGAAAUAAGACUUUUGAUAAUGAAAGUGAGAAUGUAGAGGCAGCUUAUGAUGAUCAAAAUGGUACAUUAAGCAAGAAGAGUGAACAGUUGAAUUCAAUUGUAGUUCAGAAUAUUGGUCAGCAUUCAAAGUCAGUUGUUGACAAGCAGCAUCCUAAUGUCAAAGUAAUGAAGGAUCUACGGCAGAAUGCAGUUGACUUGACUGAUUGUGCGGACAACCAUGACAAGAGUAGGAACAAGGAUCAUAAUCAAGCUCAUGGUACGGUCGAUCGUAGACAAUCUACAGUUGAUACUCCAAAUGAUUUGACAGAUUCAGUAGUGAACCAAAACAAUGAUGAGAUUGUAGAUCGUAACAAGGCUACAGUUGAGGACCCGAAAUGUGCUUCAAAUAAAAAUUGUGGCGAAAUACCAGGUGGAAGUUGUACAGCAAAAGUGGAUCGUAACAAGGCCACAGUUGAAGACACAAAUGGUAUUUCAAAUAAAAAUUGUGGUGAAACACCAGAUGGAAGUUGUACAGCAACAGUGGAUCGUAACAAGGCCACAGUUGAGGACACAGCCAGCACAUCAAAUCAAGUCAUUCACAACAAAACAAACACUGUAGAAGAUCAAGAUAAUGUAUCUGAUAGUUUAGUUGAUCGUAGGCAAUUGACCGUUGAUUUACCAAGCAGUGAACAAUUGGUGAAACCUGAAUGCAGCGAGACUGUAGAUCGAAAUAAAGGGACAGUUGAAGACACAACAAGUGAGAAAAUGCCAAUGCCAUCAGCUCAAUUAGACGCACCAGGUAAUGACUGUGUACCAGCCAGUUGCCUUGUUGAUCGUGCGAAAAAAACUGUUGAAGAUACAGAACUAUCAAUUCAACCAAGCUCAGCAAAUGAUGACCAUUUACCAGAAAUUUCAAGGAUUCAAUUCCAGGUGACAAAUGCAAGCAGCCAAGGUGUAAUAGACCACUUAAAGAAUGCUUGGUUUAAACAGGGCAAAAAAGUGGUCUUUGGCAGAGGAGAAGGUGUUGAUAUCUUCAUAAAUGAUGAUGGUGCCUCAAGACAACAUGUGGAGUUGCUUGCACAGAUUUUACCAAAUGGCAAAGUAUCGUUCAUGAUCAGAAACAUUAGUAAAACUAAAGGCUAUCAUUUUAAUGGAAAAGAGAUCACUGAUAAUGAGCUUUGGACACGAUUACGAAAAGGAGACCAAAUCAAAAUAGCUGGAUUGGUUUUUGUUGUAGUUGACAUUAUCCUUGCAACAACUAUCAAAGAAUCAUUUGUUGUUGAAUUUAUUCAUCCACAUGUUAGUCACCUUCAACCAAAUCCUGAAAGACCUUCAAAUUCCUAUGGAGGAUCAACUUUAUUUCAGUCAAAUAUACCACCAAAUAAUCAUCUCCCUACACAAUUUCAUAAUUUUCCGCAGACAGUUUCAGACUGUCUGAAAAACAUCACUCCUGAUAUAGUGGAACUUGAACAAUUCCUGCAACCAUAUAAAGAACAGAAAGGCCAUGUCAAGAUCAAAAUUUUAUGCCACCUUGCAGUUAAGGCUGUUGGUGAGUGGAAAGAACUUGGGAGAACCCUAGGACUGGAAGACUGUCAAAUUACUAGGAUUGACUGUGAUAAUCAAAAAGUUGCUGAGAAAAGUUACCAGAUGCUAGCACAAUGGGUACGGUCCAGACCCGAGCAGGCCACAUAUGAAAAGCUAAAGGAAGCACUUGAGGAUUUUACAGUGGGAAGGGUUGAUUUGGCAAAGAAAUACUGCACUUUUGAAAACAAUUGAUGGCCAUUCAACUUAGAAAGAACGUACGUGACCUAAAAAGCUAUAAGUUUAGGUAAAAUAUUUUAGUUCAUUUUAUAA